UGAGUCUAUGGUGCAAGUGGUGUGAUAUGCCCAUGUAGAAAGGACGGCACUGCGACGCUGGACUUGCCCUUACUCUGGGCUCCCUCUUUAUUCUGGCAACUGGUACAAAGAAAACAGCACACAGUCGUCAUCAACAGUGUGCAAAGCAACUGCAACAUUCAGUUCACCAGCUUGGGAGUAUUUUCCUUUGCUGAGGCAUUCAUUAUUUGUCCACCAGGUGGCUCCAACUAUUCACAAAGCACAUCAAUUUUGAGGAAAUUCAUCAAGCUAUUUUCUAACUCUAUUACAUGAGCAGAAAGAGAAGAGAGAAAAGGAGAGCAUGAGAACAAAACACAAGAACAAACAUCCACUGGCACAUACUUCCCUUUCCUCGUUCCUGUUUCUUUAAACUGUUUUAUUAAACUGUGUCAGCUGCCAGAGGUUUUUACGAGUGUUCCUGUGAGGUCUACACCAUCCUGUUUGAGCACUGAAUUUAAAUAUUCUCUAAAUACACCCUAACACUACCAAUAUGAGAGAGAACAGACUUUUCACCUGCAUAGAUAAACAAUGGCAACAAACAACCGCAGCUCAGUCCGUGUGCAGUGCAAUGUACAGUAGAGUACAGUGUUGUACUGUAGAGUACAGAACUACUGCGAUGUACAGUAGAGUACUGUGUUGUGUAAUAGAGUACAGUGUUGUACUGUAGAGUACAUAAGACUGUUUCAUGUUGCAUGCAGCUGCACACUCGUUCCAGCAGGGGGCAGACGUCCUUCCUCAUUCAUACGGACUUUUUCCACAUCCUGUUGGAAAAACUUGGGACUGUGUACUUGUAGCUUGAUGUAGUUUACUUUGUAGUUCUUCGCAGUAGACAGUGCGAUUAGGAAGCAGUGCUCACGGAAGCUGCUCACGGAAGCAAGCGUUUUUGGCGGGCUUUGUGCUUUCAGUUUAGGGGGAGACGGAGUUUGAGACUCUACCAGAGACCAUGCAGGAACUCCGGGACACCCUGGCCGACUUGGCCGAGCAGGGCACGACCUACCUGGGCAGGCUGGUCGGAGAACAGACGCUGCUGUCGGUGCAGAAGGCUUUCUCUCAGGUCCUGGCUGUGGUUGCAGGCAGUGUGGCCGGUGCUCUCAAUGUCCUGCUGCACUACAUCUCACAGUUACUGCAGGCCUCUGGGAUCCAAGUUAGCCUUCCUACCAACAAAGUGACCCCAGAGGGCCUGAUCUUCGUCAUUCAGUGGGUCCUCGCAGCUCUCAUCUGCUACUGGCUGAUUUCUCUUGCCUUCCGAUUGGUUGCUUCCACUCUGAUGUGCGCCCUGUGGUUUCUGAAAGUCGGAGUCGCUUUAACCUGUUUUGUGCUCAUCCUGAGCGACUACAACGUGGGCACGGAGGUGAUGGCCAUCCGACUGGCUGUCCUGCUGUGUGUCUGCGUCCUGCUGGACGUCAGGACUUGGGGAAGUUCCAGUGCGGCUAAUCAAACUGCUCGCCUCGAGGAGCAGGUGAAGAUCCUGGAGAGACGGCUGAGGGAGAUGGAGAGGUGGACGAGGACAGAAGAGUGACGGAGAGGAUUUUCUGACAUCCAAGUCAAACGACAGUCGGCCGAGGAUCUCUGCAUUUAGAAUUGUUCUUCAAAUUCACAGAAAGCGCGGCACAUUACAAACAGACUGCUGGGAGCAGAUCGAACUCGUAGACAAGUUGAAUGGAUGCAGCUCCCUCCCAGAUAGGCCCACAUAUUUGGAUGAAGUUUACUUUAAUGAAAAACACUUUCUCCUCUUCCACCAUUCCUCUCCCUAAACACAGUGCUCUCCCAGAGCCCAUAGCCUCAACCCAACUUCUGUUAGAUUUGCCCUGCGAGCAGCAGCUGGUGGAGGAGUUACCGCGUUCGUUACACCAACAGCAUCGACUGGCUCUGGCUCCUCUGUGUGUGGUCCUGUCGGAUCACAGAGACGUCACAAAGAGCUUUACAGGUUUUCUUCUCACUGAAUAUAGUUGCACUUCAGCUGCAGUGAAUCAGGAGGAGGUGCAGGACAAACUGUGACACAUCAAUCAGGUGAUGAACUCCUAAUCUCAGGCCUGUUUUCAGUCAUUUCUCUAAUAAAUAACUCUUCAAAAACAUGCACUCCUUUUUCUUUCACCAAGUAAAAAAACAAGUUUGAGCACGACGUCGCGUCACACAGUCUCUCGCUCAGUGUGGGGGACGCGCUGGAAGUAGGGCCUUGGUUCUGGUUGGACUGGUGCAUGUCUACUUGUACUUUAACUAUAUUUAAAAAUGGGGAUGUUGAACCUGCAGCGUCUGAGCUACCUGCGGCUUUAACAAAGAAACAGAUGAAGAUGAUAAACGGUGCUGGACUGAUGUAAAUGUCAGGUCUGCUCCUGAGUCUCCCAGGCUCAAAUCCAAGCUGUGGAGGAAAAGGUGCAGGUAGCGUGGACACUUUCAGGAUGUCUGAUCUGCUGCAGGACUACAGUCCCAGGCUACUAGUCUGUUAUUUGUAUUAAUUUUUUAAUCAGCGUAGGCUCUUUUGAAUCAUUUGCACAGGAACAGAUGGGACCUGCACACCUCUGACUGUUUCACAGACAACAUUCACGUACUGAGAGAGAGUUUUUCCUCCACGUCACAAAUGUUCCAUUGUUCUUGUGAUGGGAAUAAGUAAAUAAUUAGUA